GGGCUGCCCAUUCAACUGGCCUGACUAUAAAUACCCCCUCUCCCCCCCGAACAGGAGACCAGUCUGUGGGGCCCCUGUCAUCGCAAAACACCUUUUAAACUUUCUCUUGGGAAGGCCAGGUCUGGGACCAGCACUGAGACAUCAGAUAUCAUGGCUCUGACGAACCCAAUGCCGAUGGGACCGUGGAAGAUCACAGUGUAUGACCAGGAGUACUUCCAGGGAAGGCGGAUGGAGUUCACUGCUUGCUGUCAGAAUGUGAUGGAGUGCAACAUGGACAACGUCCGCUCCCUGAAGGUGGAGUGUGGAGCCUGGGUGGGCUACGAGCACUCUAGUUUCUGUGGACAGCAGUUUGUCCUGGAGAGGGGAGACUACCCUCGCUGGGAGUCGUGGAGCGGGAGCAAUGCCUACCGCAUCGAGAGGAUGAUGUCAUUUCGGCCCAUCUGCUCUGCGACCCAUAAGGAGUCAAAGAUGAUGCUGUUCGAGGGCGAGAGCUUCCAGGGCCGGCAGUGGGAGAUCUGCGAUGACUACCCCUCCCUGCAGGCCAUGGGCUGGUUCAACAAUGAGAUCGGGUCCAUGCAGGUCCAGAGUGGCGCCUGGGUGUGCUACCAGUACCCUGGUUACCGUGGCUACCAGUACAUCAUGGAGUGCGAUUGCCACGCCGGGGAGUACAAGCACUACCGGGAGUGGGGCACCCACGCCCAGACCUUCCAGGUGCAGUCGAUCCGCAGAAUCCACCAGUGAGAGAGGGGCCCUGGGGUCCCUCACACCUCUCCUUCCUCCUCCUCUUCCUCCUCCUCUUCCCCCUCACGAGCGCUCCCUCUCUCAGCUCCGCCUAAUGGCCAACGGGGCGCCGUGGAGACAGAGAGAGAGAGAGAGAGAGAGAGAGAGAGAGAACAAGAGGGGGAAAGAGAGAAAGGGAGAGAAAGAAAGAAGAAAAACCGAAAAUGAACUGAGAGUGUCUGUGUAUUAAACGGCCAAGUGCUGCCUGCUCAUCCUGCCUCUUCAUCAUCGUCAUCAUCGCCAUCAGAAUUAUCAUCGUAAUCAUUAUCAUCAUCGUCACGGUAACAUCUGUACAAGAGUGAUAAAGAGAAUGAGCGAAAAAAGAGAAAUGGUUAAUAAAAAAAGGAAAGGAAA